AUGUUGAUUACGGGAGAUGAUGAAGAGCAUAUUUCCCAUGUCAAGAAGCAGCUUGGUCAACAAUUUCAGAUGUCUGAUUUGGGUCCCCUUAGCUACUUUUUGGGCAUUGAGGUGAUGCAUUCUGCUUCGGGCUAUUACCUUUCUCAGUCCAAAUACAUACAAGACCUUCUUGUUCGUUCCGGUAUUACUGAUAAUCGGACAGCGGUUACACCUAUGGCUCUUCACUUACAGCUUCGUCCUACUGAUGGUACCCCUCUUGAGGAUCCCUCUCGCUAUCGCCAUAUUGUCGGCAGUCUUGUUUAUCUUACUGUUACCAGGCCUGAUAUUGCUCACGCAGUUCAUAUAUUGAGUCAGUUCGUGAGUGCUCCUACUUCAGUUCAUUUUGGGCAUUUGCUUCGCGUGUUACGAUACUUAAGGGGGACAUCAUCUCAGUGUUUAUUUUAUGCUCGUGAUAGUCCGCUUCAGCUUCAUGCUUACUCGGAUUCUACUUGGGCGAGUAAUCCAACCGAUCGUCGUUCUAUCACUGGUUAUUGCAUUUUUCUUGGUUCUUCUCCCCUUACAUGGAAGUCCAAAAACCAGGCAGCUGUAUCUCGAGCUAGUACAGAGACCGAACUUCGAGCACUUGCUAUUACCACUUCAGAAAUUAUAUGGCUUCGAUGGUUGUUAGCCGAUUUUGGUAUUCCAUGUGAUGAUCCUACUCCUCUUCUUUGUGAUAAUACUGGAGCAAUUCAAAUUGCCAAUGAUCCAGUAAAACAUGAACUUACAAAACACAUUGGUGUUGAUGCUUCUUUUACUCGAUCUCACUGUCAUCAGAAAACAAUCGUUCUUCAGUAUGUGCCGUCAGAACUGCAAGUGGCUGAUUUUUUCACCAAAGCACAAACUAGAGAGCAGCAUCGGCUUCACUUGCUCAAAAUCAAUGCUUCGGAUCCUCCACCUCCACCUUGA